UUGAUUUUUCUGUGCAAAUAAAGCCACGAUAAUUGAUACGUUAAAGCGCAUUGCAUGGUUGCUAAGUAUACAUGCCCUUUGAUUUUUCUAUGUAACUAAAGCCAUUAUAAUUGAUACGUUAAAGUGCAUUGCAUGGAUGCUAAGUACUCACGCCCUUUGAUUUCCCUCUAAUUUCUCUCUAUAAAUACAUUUUUGUACUGUUAUGUUUCACACACAUUAGCCUAAUAUAUUGAUCUCAAAGGAUUUCCAGAAUCCUAACUAUUUAGUCAUGGGCGAUUUUCCUACCACCCGUGAUGAAUCAUUAAUCACAAGAUCCAAAAGACAUUUUACUCCAGAUAAUUUCCUACUAAAAACAGAGUCAUUCUCUUUACUGUCCAAGUCUGGGCUAGAGUACAAGUCCGAUAUUUUUGAAGCUGGCGGGCAUAAAUGGAGGUUGUCUCUCUAUCCAAAAGGAAUUAAGAAGAGUAGGAAUGGUCAUAUCUCCCUUUACUUAGCAAUCACUGAGACGGGAGAAUUUCCUCUUGGUUGGGAAGUUAAUGCCAGCUUCAAAUUGUUUGUAUUUGAUCAGAUACGGGACGAGUACUUGACAGUUCAAGAUGCUGGUGGUGGUGGUGGUAUCAAAAGAUUCAAUGACAUAAAUAGCGAAUGGGGAUUUGCCAAAUUUCUUCCCCUUGAUACCUUUAAUGAUGCUUCUCAAGGAUACCUUGUCAAUAACUGUUGCGUAUUUGCUGCAGAGGUUUUUGUUCAUGAACACAAUGUCAAAAGGCAGUGUCUUUCCUUUAUUGUAGAACCCUAUAACAGCACUUUGACUUGGAAGAUUGAAAGAUUUUCGACACUGAAUGAAGAAUAUUAUUUUUCUCAAGAAUUCACUGAUCGAGAUUCAAAAUGGAAGUUAAUGUUCUAUCCCAAAGGAGAUUCUACUGUAAAAAAUCCAGCCGUAUCAGUCUACUUGUUCUUAUGCGAUUGUCUUCCAUCAGAGCAAAAUGUUUUUGUAGAAUACAAGCUGCGCAUAAGGGAUCAAAUCAAAGGAAAGCACAAAGAAAAUAGAGGUAAAUCAAAUAUUUUUAUCAUUUUCUUGUCAAUGUUGGGAGUGAAGGGUGAUUAUUUUCAACAUACGUACCAUAUAGUCAAACUCAAGGGUUUCUUCACUAUGGAUGUAUUACCUGCUGAAGAUUGGUUUUCUUCUUCAAAAGGCUUGGGUUAUCCAGAAUUUUUGCUCCUAAAGGAUCUCAAUGAUGCAUCAAAAGGGUUUCUUGUGAAUGAUACUGUACUUGUAGAAGCAGAGAUUAUAGUGAUCUCUAAACUUAAGUAGUUAAAUAACAGCACAUACUUAUCAGAUGCUAUCAGAGAGCUACAUUUGGUGAUACUGUGGGACCAUUAUUAAUGCAAUUUUAGAUAUAUUUAUC